UUAAAUUACGCGAACAAUUAUAUUCAUAUUCACUUAUAAAUUAUUGUUUAAUAUUUAUCACAGUAUAAGUAACCAAAUAAGUAAUUGUAUUUAAAAAUGUCCUCGCUAUUAAAAUUAAUACCACGUAAGGAAAAAUUAUUGAAAUUCAGGGGUGCGAUGGCACCGGUACUCACACCGUUCGACAAGAAUGGCGAAGUGAAUGUCUCGCAAAUCCCAAAAUAUGUCAAGUAUUUGGUGGACAACAAAGUGGACGGCGUUUACAUCUGCGGCACAAAUGGCGAGGGAUAUAACCUCACGAAUGACGAGCGCCUGUCGGUCGUAAAGGCCUGGCGUCAGGCGCUGGACAAACAUCAGGCAAACCUAACGUCUGUGGUUAAUGUGAGCUCGUAUUGUGUGAAAGAGGCACUGGAUCUGUCCAAACACGUGGAAAGUAUGGGUUUCGAUGCCAUCGCUGUUUUGCCCCCAAAUUAUUACAAACCUAAUAGUGUUGACGAUUGGCUCAACUUUCUGAAGGGGUUCGGUAGGGCGGCGCCCAAUACACCACUACUUUACUAUCAUAUACCCUCUAUGGCUGGAGAACUGAAUUUCGAUUUGAUUGAAGCGGUCGCUGCGGGACUCAAACAAAUACCACAAUUGUCUGCCAUUAAAUUCACCGACAAUAAUAUGAUCCGUUUGUCAGCCCUCCAUAAAUUUAGGGAUGAGUUUAAGACAUUCCUCGGCUUCGAUCAGGCUGUGAUAACAGUGCUAACGGCACUGGACUUUGACUCAGCCAUAUCACCCCUGUUUAAUCUACAAGACUAUCCCGAUAUCUAUAAACGAUUCCUCGACUUCAAUGGACGGUUAGAUUUAGUGAACGCCCGCACAGAACAGAAUAAACUACUCGAAGUGAAUGCCAAAAUCAAAAGCAAUGGCAAUCCUAUUGUUAACAUUAAGGUAGCCUUCAAUGAGAGUGUCAAACACCUGGGCAUCGAUGUAGGUCUACCACGACCUCCAAUUCACUAUCAUUAUAGUCAAUGAAUUUGUUUUACAAACACUUGUUAUAAAUAAUCGAUUGUCAGAAAUAUUAUACAAUAAAGUUAUAUAAUUUAUUGUUAUGUAUUAAUGUACUGGAAAUGAUUGUUUAUUUGAAAAACCUG